AAUCUGAGAUUUGGAUACCAAUGAUUCUCCAUUUGGAAGAAAAAUCCAAAUUUCCCUUGUCGUCAAUAAUAAUUCGAAAAAGACAAUUUCUUUAACCCUUCUCCAUCAACAAUAACAGUCUCUGUUCUUCUUGCCGUUUCUUGCUCUCCUGUUUUGGAAUUUCCAUCUCCAUUUCUCGCCGAUUCGCCGUCUAAUUGCAAUUCCCUCCGCCGGAAUUGCAUUUUUCCGGUUCUUGUUCCAGAAUCAUGCCUCUUCUUCCAUGGAAGACCACAAGGGCUUCUCGAAUCUCCCAAAUCGUCGCUGACCUUCAGUCGCCGAAGCGCGGCGGUUCGCUUGUUGUCGAGACUGGAUUUCCAACCUCUGUUGUUGAUCUAUUCGUCAAGCACCGCGAUCGACUGAGGAAGCAUUCGGCGAGAAGGAAGUUGAAGAAGAAGUUAUCCAAGAAUGAAUUUCACGACUCAAUCGCUCAACUGUCUUCUUCUACUCCUCAAUCGCAUCCUUCCGAAAUCAAUUCUAGUGGUUCUUUAGGCAGUUGCGUCUUGCGCGGUAACCUAGAAAUUGAGGACUUGAAGGUCUUGGAUGAAGCUCGAGAAUGUCGCGAUCGUGGUUGCGAAUUGAUCCAGGAUCGGACUGAGAUGUGCGUUGUCGGUGGCGAUGGGGCGGGCGGGAACGGCGUAUGUUUGUUCGUGUUGAAGAUUUUUGUGGUUGCGGUUUUGGCGUUAAGUGCCAAGAAGCUUGUGGUUGGAAUUACUCUAUAUGCUUUUCUACUUUUUCUUCUGGAAUUUGUCGGUGAACGUGCGGUUCGCUUCUUGAAACCGUGCACUCAUGGCAAGGUGGCUCUGAGAUUCUUGAUCCAAAAGGUAUCGAAGCAUCUCUGGAUUGGAAAGGAUGAUCUAGUGACUCAAGACUCGAGAAAUUGCGAAGGAGAACCUGUUACGGAAGUUCCGCUCGAUGCUUUUCUGAACGAAUCGCAGUUAAGUUCUUCAAUCGAAGAAAUCCAACUCGUGGAACCGGAGUUCGACGCCGGUGUAACGCCUAAGGGAGUUGAAGAUGAAAAGCGCCGUCUCGAUUUUCUUGGAGAUGAGAAGGAAAACAAAGAUGGAGGGGAUCUUCAAGUGUGUGAAAAUCAACGUGGAAUUCGAAGGAAACAAAACCGGAGGAUGUUUGAGAAACUCGUGCGUAGGAAAUCAAGUAAUCAAGCGAUCGAGAAGAAGAACAACCCAGAGGAAUUGGAGUUCAGAAGUGACAGAUUGGACAAGGAUUCCAUUGAAGAACAAGAGAAUGAAACCCUAGAAAAAGAACAAGACCAAGAUCGAGAAAUCAGAAGCAUUUUCUGCGAAGAUGAACAGCAACGGCUGGCAAUGGAAGCUGCAGAGUCGUGUGAAGUUCAUGGAAUCGAAAGAGAAGGGAGUUUGAGUUACGCAAUUCUGGUUCUGAUUGUUCUUGCUGGGUUGUUCGGAGGUCGGUUUCUGGCGGUGGUGCUAACAACCGCAUGCUGUUUCAUGAUCAAAUUGAACGAAAUUGCAAGGAGAAAGUCUCUGAAUCCGCCAUUAAAGGUCAGUAGUGUUUGUUAAGAAAGAACAUCAUCCUCAUCUUUCAUCUCUUAUUAUACAAAUGCUGUGUUUGUCUGUUCAAAGUAGUUUAGUUGAAAGUGAAAAUGGUUCCCACGGAAGUUGAAAAAUUCAACUGGGGUUUUUUGUACCAAAUGAUAUAGAAUUACGUAUUCAAAGUUUUUAGUGCACAUUGUUGGAUCAAA